UUAAGUGUACAUUUUUGAGAAACGAUAUCUUCGCCAGUGUCAUCAUCCUCUAUGUCAAUCCAUUCAUCAGUGGCGUUAUCGUUCCUUUCUUGAUCGAUAUUAGCGUUUGUUAGUGGCGACUCGAUUUCUUCACUACUGGAAGAUUCAUGAUCCUCAGAAGAUGAUGUAUCUGGUACGUAGUUUUUAUCUGCCAAAGAAUCAUCACUACUAUAAGCAUCGUUGUUACUUCCCUCAUCUGACAAAAAAUAUGAUCUGUCUACGUCCGUAUUUUCUUUUUCGGGUGCGUUUUCCCUUUCAUUAGUUUGGAUGACACCUUCUAAGUCAUCUUCUAACACGCUACUCGAACACUCGCCAAUUGUUUCACCACUUUUCACUACCCCUUUUGUCGCCGCUUCCACUAUCUUCUUCGCUCGCGUAGACAUGUUUCAUCAAUAUUACACUUAUUGAAAAACAAACAAUAUGUAUAUAAACCUCACACACAUUUACAAAACACAACACGCAAUACGAAUACCCUAACCCAAGAAAAUCAACAACAACAAACCACGUGUCUCAUGGGGCAUGCGUCGCACCAAGGUAAUAUUAAAUUACUACUGUGCGGCCCAUGCCUCAAAUGGCAUGUGCUAUAAGUCACCAAUUAGCUUGUCAUAUAUUCAAAACCCAAUUGAAUGGUAUAUGUGCAACUGAAAUAGCUUAAGAAAUAGCCAUGUAGGCGCCGUCGCAGUUAUUGCAAUAUAUAGCCAAAUGUGCGUUCGCAUACAACUCAAACUAUACACAUGCCUCAAAAGGCAUGUGUCGCAGUCAACGUGCUAGAAUACAAUUUAAAAAAAAAUCAAAUGAACAUUAAUUUUUUGAAAAAAAUAAUGAUAUGGGCUUUAUUUUCAGCCUGGAUGGAAAAUAAGGCCCAACAUAAAAAUGAAUUAAUUAUCCUGGCAUUUUGGACAAAGUAGUUCUUCCACAUCAUCUGCGGUUAAACCAAGACAUUCUUCGUGUAGCCACUGCUUACAUGCACCACAACAUCGCAUGUCCAGCUGCUUGCUUGAUUGACAAAGGUAGCAGUACCACGAUUCAUCAUCACUAGUAGAAUUUUCUUUAACUGCAGCCGAAUGGGCAUUUCCUUUAUUAAAUAGCUUCUUUGCAACGUGCUGUGAUUUAUAAUUGAUUGCUUUUCUCCUGACAACCGCCUUCUUUUGAACAAGGUCAGGAGUUUUCACCAUUUCCAAGAAAGAUUUUUCUUUGACUGGUAAUUCCUCUUGUUUAGCAUUCCUACUAUUCUCUGGCGACAAUGUCUUCUCACGAAGAACUUGUAUUUUUGCAUCACCCUUUACUUUUUGUUUUUUGUUUUGUGCACAUGAUGUUCCUGCUACUGAUACAAGGCAGUUUUUGGGCACAGCAUUUUCAUUUCUUUUUGUAGAUGAUUGUAUUUCUUCGCCCGAGGCCAUUGUCAUCUUCGUCGAAGGAUGGUUGCCUUUCAAUAAUCCUCCUUGUUACUGUCGAUGGAGCAAAUGCUUCAUCAGAUAUCGCAUUUUUGUCAAAUGGGUAAAUACCUGUGGUUCUAAACCCACUCGUUAUAUUAGCAACCGUCAUACAUUUUCCCCAAACUGGUGUAAAAACGGCGGAGAAUCUUUCUUUUGUCAGACGGCGAUCUGGAUUUUGGUCUCAGUACAUUAAUAAUUGGUCAUCCCAGUAGUGUUCAAAAGACCUAAACACUGUUUUGUCUAGGGGCUGGAGUUCAUGUGUUGUGUUGCUGGGAAGACAAAAUAACUCGAUGUUAUUUUCUUCUGCCUUAUCCGCAAUAGUGACAUCAAGAUGACACGCAGCACCAUCAAAUAUCAGUAGCACUUUUCCUUCCGGUUUGUAUUUAGCAAAGUGGUCUAGCCAUUUACAAAAUAGUUCAGUAGUCAUACUGCCCUUGGGACUAAUAGAAACGAUUGAACCUGCUGGUAGAUCAUCCGAAAAAGUAGGUUUUUCACGAAUUCCUUUAAACAGAAUCAUUGGGGGUAUGGCAUGUCCUACAGCAUUCACACAUGCCACAAUUGUUACGUUCUCUCCAUGCCCUUGAGAUACAAGAUGUACUCUUUUGGAUCCUUUCAUUGCUAACACAGAUUGCUGAUGGUGUAAGGUUAGUCCACAACCUUUCUCGUCCAUAUUGAAGAUCUUAUUCGGAGAAUGUUUUAAGUUAAAGGUUUCCAACAAAGUGCUUAAUUUCUCGAAGUAAUCCCCUACUAUAAAUCGAUUCAAUUUUUGGGAUCUAGCUGGAUUCAUGGAUUGCGCUUUCCUCUUGCUGAUGCGUGGGUGUCGUUUUAGAAAUGCAGAAUACCAAUCUUUUCCAACAAUAUUUUGGUUCUAUUUCUUGGAUUCACAUCAAUUCGAUUGAUAUUAAUAAAACUGUAGACGCUUCUUCUUAAAGCUUUUGGGGUAAGAGGUAAUCAUAUAUUUGCUAAUCGAAUGAUUCUAUUUUCGAGAUCCAUCUCUUGCGCUUCAGUAAGAAUUGGUUUACGCUCCAGCUUCCUUACUGUCUCACCGCUUUUUAAAUGGUUUCGUAAGGUGCGCCAGUCUGUUGCUCAACGUCUCUUUGCGAAUGACCUUGGCGUAGAAGCCUUAAAGCAUCAUUCAUCAUAUCCGCAUCCCAAUUAGCUCGCAACCCUCGACAUUUAUACUUUCCCAUCUGCAAAUAAAAACGAACUGAAAAUAAAGCCCACAACAUAGGUCGGAAAAUAUGGCCCGGGCCUUAUUUUCCGAAACAACAGUAAUACAAAAUUAAUUUCUCACAAAGCCAAAACAUGAUCUAACCUCUAACUGAAUAGUAACAAGCGUGGCUAUGUAAUCAUGUUCAAAUUAGAAACAAAGAAGUAUGGAUAAAUUGACCAUUGUAAUUUAAAAAAACACACUCUAUCGUCACUUAUAAGUUGAUGUUAUAAUAAAAACUCGAAAUAAAUAUUAACACUUAACGCGCAUAAAUUCACAAGCUUGUUAGUAUAUGGAUUCCCACUGAUGUGAAGUAAGACAGUAAGACGACUUUUCGCGAUUGGUGGAAAAACAGCGCUAAAUUUAAACGUGGGCCUUAUUUUCCGCUGGGCCAUAUUACCCUCCGGUACCUGAAAAAGUAUAGUAUGAAUAAUAUACUAUUACUGCUUUGGUGAAAUACUUAUCCACUCGAGGGGGUAAUAAUGUAACGCGAAAAACUAAUAGGAUUUUCAAAUACAUCUUAGCGGAUAUUGCAGCCAUCAAAUUUAAUUAUUAUGGGAAACGAUCUGAUAAACGUGCUUUUGCUGAGUUAACAUUGAAGAAAUUAAUAGUCGGUGCCGUCAAACAUACCAUUCAAAAUGGAACUGACAAGGAAGUGGAAGACUGUAUAAGAGUGUGGUUGAAGCAUGCUCCAGAUCGCUUAAAAAGGAACAAAGCAGGAUCGACAGAAAGAAAGAUUAAAUAUAAGUUAAAACCCAUAGUUUCUAAGAGACAGUUGUAUCGUAGGAUAGCUCUUACUGUUAAAAAUACUCUUCAUACUGAGCAAGCUUCUCGAGGCGACUUCAGAAUCUUUAAUGGCCGUAUGCACCGUAGCGUUUUUAAACUGGAUUAGAGUUUAAACUUGGUUAAAUAACAUAACUGCUAUGCACCGCUAAUGUUUAGAGUGCUAACGAAGCUUAAAGUUACACCGGCAAUUUUGCUCGUUUAAGUGUGUAAUCUCGAUUUAAGGUACACGCGUGCGCGCUAGCAUCUGUCACUGUGUAAUCACAUAACCUCAACUUCGGUCUUCUCAAAUCUCUUGGAGUUUUAAAAUUCGUUAAUCUACCAUGGAAAUUGAAGACGAAAUGUUUUAUGACGAUGAUGGUGACAUGUUAAACAUAAUUGAAUACGGUUUUCCAAGGCGUGUUUACCAGAGGACCAAUUAUUUUGACGACAUGGAUGAGCUAUCCUUUUUUAGAAGGUUCCGAUUAACUAAAAAUACAGUUUUACAUUUGUUACCACAAAUAUUACAUUUGUUACCACAAAUAGAGGAAUUUCUGGAGUUCGAUAAUGAUUUAAACAAUAGUAUUUCUCCCAUUAACAAAUUAUUGGCUACAUUAAGAUUUUACGCAUCCUCUGGACAUCAAGUAUCUAUAGCAGAUUUUAUGGGAUUCCAUCAAUCCACAGCCUCCCGAGUAAUAACACAAGUUUCUGAAGCUAUUGCUGGAUUAAGACCAAUUUAUAUCAAGAUGCCAAGAGAUCAUGAAGUCAUACACACCAAUCAGGAUUUUUAUCGAAUUGCGAGAUUCCCCAGAGUGCUUGGUUGUAUUGAUGGAACACAUAUAAAAAUACAGUCUCCAGAUGGUGAAGAUGCAGAGGUGUAUAGAAAUAGAAAAUCAGUGUUUUCAAUAAACACACAGGUUAUUGGCAGUUCUACACUUAAAGUGUUUGAUAUUGUUGCAAGGUGGCCUGGAUCCACCCACGAUGCUACUAUUUUUAAUAACAGCAGAAUUAGAGCACGUUUUGAAGCUGGCGAGUUCAACAAUAACGUUAUUCUUGGCGAUAGUGGAUAUACAUUAAGGCCAUAUUGCUUAACUCCUCUUCUGAAUCCAAUAAGCAGAGAAGAAUCAUUAUAUAAUGAAGCCCAUAUAAGAACCCGAAACACAAUUGAACGAUUGUUUGGGGUUUGGAAACGCAGAUUUCCAGUGUUGGCAUAUGGUUUGCGAUGUAAGGUGGAAACCACAUUAACAAUUAUUACUGCCACGGCAGUAUUGCAUAACAUAGCAAUAGAUAUGAAAGAAGACGUACCACCAAUUCCAGAGAACAUUAAUGCAAAUGAGUUGCAAAAUUUAAUUGAUUUAGGUGAAGUUCCGCAACUACCACAAAACGUCAACCAUGUUGGACUGUACGACUAUCGUCGAGAACUAAUAAACAACUACUUUGCAAAUUUAUAAUGUACAAUAUAAAAAUAGAAUAAGUUCCUAGUUUA